CUGUGCUCGGUGGUUUAAAGAUGGCGGCGGCGGCGGCUGGGGCGAGGAGCCGCCGGAGGGGGAGGGAGAAGGAGAGUCUGUGAGUCGCUGGGAGGCAGCGCGGAAGCGCGGCAGCGGCUCUGAGGAGUCCGCGUGCGGAGCUGCCGGCAACUCCGGCCCAGAAGGCCUGGGCUUGGGCCGGAGAGGCCGGAGUGGCGCCAGGAGCUCCGAGGCCGGAGCAGAGGAGGAAUGUGAGCAGGGGUCGGCGGGGGCGCGGGAGUACGCGAGCGGCGGGAUGGGGCAGCAGGUGGGCCGCGUCGGGGAGGCUCCGGGACUCCAGCAGCCGCAGCCGCGCGGGAUCCGGGGCAGCAGCGCAGCCAGGCCCUCGGGCCGCAGGCGGGACCCGGCGGGGCGUACCGCAGACGCCGGCUUCAACGUCUUCACCCAGCACGAUCACUUUGCCAGCUGUGUGGAGGAUGGAUUUGAGGGAGACAAGACUGGAGGCAGUAGUCCAGAAGUCUUGCACCGCCCGUUUGGCUGUGACGCUGAGUCUCAGGCACUGAAUGAGGCUAUCAGGUGGAGCUCCAAGGAGAACCUGCUGGGAGCCACUGAGAGUGACCCUAAUCUCUUCGUUGCACUUUAUGACUUUGUGGCAAGUGGUGAUAACACACUCAGUAUCACUAAAGGUGAAAAGCUACGAGUCCUUGGUUACAACCAGAAUGGCGAGUGGAGUGAGGUUCGCUCCAAGAAUGGACAGGGUUGGGUGCCAAGCAACUACAUCACUCCGGUCAACAGCCUGGAGAAGCAUUCCUGGUACCACGGGCCUGUGUCCCGCAGCGCAGCAGAGUAUCUCCUCAGUAGCCUAAUCAAUGGCAGCUUCCUAGUUCGAGAGAGUGAGAGCAGCCCUGGGCAGCUGUCCAUCUCUCUCAGGUAUGAGGGACGUGUGUAUCACUACAGGAUCAAUACCACCACAGACAGCAAGGUGUACGUGACUGCCGAGAGCCGCUUUAACACCCUGGCUGAGCUUGUUCACCACCACUCGACAGUGGCCGACGGGCUAGUGACCACGCUACACUACCCAGCACCUAAGUGCAACAAGCCGACCGUCUAUGGCGUGUCCCCCAUCCAUGACAAGUGGGAGAUGGAGCGCACGGACAUCACCAUGAAGCACAAGCUCGGGGGAGGCCAGUACGGGGAGGUAUACGUCGGCGUCUGGAAAAAGUACAGCCUCACGGUUGCUGUGAAGACACUGAAGGAAGACACCAUGGAAGUAGAAGAGUUCCUGAAGGAAGCUGCAGUGAUGAAGGAAAUCAAGCAUCCCAAUUUAGUACAACUGUUAGGUGUGUGUACCCUGGAGCCGCCGUUUUACAUCGUGACUGAGUACAUGCCGUACGGGAACCUGCUCGAUUACCUCCGGGAGUGCAGCCGUGAGGAGGUGACUGCCGUGGUGCUGCUCUACAUGGCCACGCAGAUCUCCUCGGCCAUGGAAUACCUGGAGAAGAAGAACUUCAUCCACAGGGAUCUUGCUGCACGGAACUGCCUAGUGGGGGAGAACCACGUGGUGAAAGUGGCUGACUUUGGUCUAAGUAGACUGAUGACUGGAGACACCUACACUGCUCACGCUGGAGCCAAAUUUCCUAUUAAAUGGACAGCGCCUGAGAGUCUGGCCUACAACACCUUUUCAAUUAAAUCUGACGUUUGGGCGUUUGGAGUACUGUUGUGGGAAAUUGCUACGUAUGGAAUGUCACCAUAUCCAGGUAUUGACCUAUCUCAAGUCUAUGACCUACUGGAGAAAGGAUAUCGAAUGGAGCAGCCUGAGGGAUGCCCCCCUAAAGUGUAUGAACUUAUGAGAGCAUGCUGGAGGUGGAGCCCUGCUGACAGGCCCUCGUUUGCUGAGACCCAUCAAGCUUUUGAAACAAUGUUCCAUGACUCCAGCAUCUCUGAAGAGGUAGCUGAGGAGCUUGGGAGAACUGCUUCCUCCUCCUCCUCUGUGGUUCCAUACCUGCCUCGAUUACCGCUACUUCCUUCUAAGACAAGGACCCUGAAGAAGCAGGGAGAGAACAAAGAGAACCUAGAUGGGGGCCUUGAUGCCUCCGAGAGCCUGGCCUCCAGCUCAGCACCAGCAGGGUUCAUUAGAAGCACACAGGCCUCCAGUGGGUCCCCAGCUCUGCCUCGAAAGCAAAGAGAUAAGUCACCCAGCAGCCUCUUAGAAGAUGCCAAAGAGACAUGCUUCACCAGGGACAGGAAGGGGGGCUUCUUCAGCUCCUUCAUGAAAAAGAGAAACGCCCCCACGCCCCCUAAGCGCAGCAGCUCCUUUCGAGAAAUGGAGAAUCAGCCCCACAAGAAAUAUGAACUCACGGGUAACUUCUCACCUGUUGCUUCUCUACAGCAUGCUGAUGGGUUCUCUUUCACCCCCGGCCAGCAAGAGUCGAAUCUGGUGCCAGCCAAGUGCUAUGGGGGGAGCUUUGCCCAGAGGAGCCUCUGUGGCGAUGAUGACAGUGGUGGGGGUGGGGGCAGUGGCACUGCUGGGGGCGGGUGGUCUGGGAUCACAGGCUUCUUUACACCGAGAUUGAUCAAAAAGACACUGGGCUUGCGAGCAGGUAAACCGACAGCCAGUGAUGACACUGCCAAGCCUUUUCCAAGGUCAAACUCUACAUCUUCCAUGUCCUCAGGGCUUCCAGAGCAGGAUAGGAUGGCAAUGACCCUUCCCAGGAACUGCCAGAGGUCCAAACUACAGCUGGAAAGGACAGUGUCCACCUCUUCUCAACCAGAAGAGAAUGUGGACAGGGCUAAUGACAUGCUUCCAAAAAAAUCUGAGGAAGGUGCUGCUCCAGCCAGGGAGAGAGCAAAAGCCAAACUCUUGCCCAGAGGAGCCACGGCUCUUCCCCUGAGAGCCCCUGAUCCAGCGGUCACAGAGAGUGACUCUCCGGGGGUAGGGGUGGCUGGAGUGGCAGCUGCCCCCAAAGGCAAGGAAAGGAAUGGUGGGGCGCGACUUGGAGUCGCUGGAGUCCCAGAGGAUGGAGAGCAGCCAGGCUGGUCUUCUCCAGCCAAGGCUGUAGCUGUUCUCCCAACCACUCACAACCACAAAGUGCCCGUCCUUAUCUCACCCACUCUGAAACACACUCCAGCUGAUGUGCAGCUCAUUGGCACAGACUCUCAGGGGAACAGAUUCAAGCUCUUAUCUGAGCAUCAGGUCACGUCCUCUGGAGACAAGGACCGACCCCGACGGGUAAAACCAAAGUGUGCCCCACCCCCACCGCCAGUGAUGAGACUACUGCAGCAUCCGUCCACAUGCUCAGACCCCGAGGAAGAGCCGACUGCCCCACCUGCAGGACAGCACACUCCAGAAACCCAGGAGGGAGGAAAAAAGGCAGCUCCAGGCCCAGUGCCCAGUAGUGGGAAACCUGGGAGGCCAGUCAUGCCUCCACCUCAAGUGCCUUUGCCCACAUCUUCCAUCUCACCGGCCAAAAUGGCCAAUGGCACAGCAGGUACUAAGGUGGCCCUGAGAAAAACCAAACAGGCAACUGAGAAAAUCUCAGCUGACAAAAUCAGCAAAGAGGCCCUGCUGGAGUGUGCUGACCUACUGUCCAAUGCAAUUACGGAACCUGUGCCCAAUAGCCAACUGGUAGACACUGGGCACCAGCUGCUGGACUACUGCUCAGGGUAUGUGGACUGCAUCCCUCAGACUCGCAACAAAUUUGCCUUCCGAGAGGCUGUGAGCAAACUGGAACUUAGCUUACAGGAGCUGCAGGUGUCUUCCACAGCUGCUGGUGUGCCUGGGACAAACCCCGUCCUUAAUAACUUAUUGUCAUGUGUACAGGAAAUCAGCGAUGUGGUACAGAGGUAGCCAUAGUCAGCCAAGUGGGGAAUGCACACAUUCGGAGGGGAGAGGGACUCGUUUUCCUGUGUUCUUGUUCUCAAAAAGUGAAAGAUUGAUCCGUGAGUGAGUUUAUGUGAAGUACCUCAGAUCCCUGAGUUCUCACGUUUACAGGUUCAUCUCAAAACAGCAGAAAGAAAACCAUACAAGUAGAUAAAAGGUCAUUUUGGUGGAGCAGGGCAGCGUGGGCUGAGUUGGAAACUGCACUGGAAAAUGGGGAACAUCGUGUAUACAUCCUAGGAACGCAGCCGUCCCUACCUGCAGUGGCCGUGGCCUCCAUUGGGCUGCUCUCAGUUGUGCUGUCCCAUGAAACAGGCCUUGACCUGGCAGGUCCUGGGGGUUAUCACGGUUCAGUUCACUCUGCAAAUCCUGGGAACAGGAGAGAGAAAGCAGCGUGGGGAAUGCAGCAGGAAAUGUGCAAGUGGCUGUUGGUCUUGCUUCCAUGGUCAUUGCUAUUGUAGCAAGAAAUGCAAAUCAGAUGACCAGAGUGCUCACUGGGAAACAGGGCCCUUUCCAUCCUCUCUGCCGUUUCCCACGGGUGUGUCAGUUGGUGCAGAAAGCACGCGGGUGAGUCUAGUCAGAGACGCCUCUGAGCGCUCGUGCUGACUAACAGUCAUUUCUCCCACUCUCCUGGCGUGUGGCUUGCUAGUGGGCCAGUAUAAGCUGCUGCUUGUUGGCGGCUGUCUGUAAGCCAUGGGCAUAGGGUGGUCUCGGUUCUGUCCUUUGCCUGGCAAUCUGUCUUCCUUCAUUCCUGGCAGCAUACGGGCAUUACCCAGCAUUGAUGUUGAAGAUAGUGCUCACUGCAGCUUCUCAUGUGGCCUGGACAUGGACCACUUGAGCAGCUGUGCAUAGUCUUGACCUAACUAAAACACCAAGCAGAUACUGUACUGUUGUGAAACUGUGGCUGGCCUGGGGCCUGGGACUGAGGAGCCUGUUCAGCUGGUGUGGCUGCUUGUACCUUUUCCUCUGUAACCCCGUUUGGGUGGACGUAGGGAACGUGGGUUCCCCGAGGGCUUGCCUCCACAGCAUUUCUCAUGUUCUGUUUCUUUGCUCACGUAUCAUCCCUAACCCCUUGUUGCACUUGGAGUUUGUGUUGGGAAUAUAUACCUUAUUUAUUUUCUCCUUUUAUCUCUGUUUUAGAGUGCAUAGUAGAAGUUAUUUUCAGGGAGCACCAGUUAAGCCCAGAAACCUAAGGAUUUAACCUGAGAAUCGGUUUUACCAUUGAAAAAUGGGCAUUUCCCUUCCCUAAUUACAGUUACAGAAGCUAAUAGAGUAACGUGGACUAGAACAGUAGCAGGUUACACAUUACUGAUGGUUUUGGUAUUGGGUCUAAUUCCAGUUACUGAUUUUUUUUUUAAACUUCAUGAAUACCCCUUUCAUUCUUCAAAGAGAAUCAAUAUAAAAUGUAGUGAUUUUUCUUCUUCCAAAGGAAUAUUAAUGUAGGAAGAUGGGAAUUGAGCAAUAAGCAGUGUUUUCUUCCUGACUCAUUGAUCCGCUGUCAAGUCGCUGCCCCAUCUUCUGAUCUAUUAAUUGAAGGCAGUAGGCCUCAUUCUCAAGAGUGUUUUGCAGACUUAAUAUACCACUCCCGCCAAGAGGCUCUUUGGGAAGCUCUUAAUGUCAUUACGUUGAGUCGCUUUUCAUUCUCUUUGCUGAGUCACAAAUAAGAAACUUUUGAACUACUGUUCUUACAAAAUUGGGCCAGAAUCCUAAGGGGAAACUAUUUCAAGUUGCAUUUGUUGUCCUUGACCAAGGAAGAAGUUUAGUUUUCUAUCAGAAAAAGGAAAUUUGGAUGCCUGUCAACUGCUGCUCCAGAGAAAGCUCAGGGUAAGAUGAGGCUUGGGACAGAGGCGACAGCCCUGCAGUGGCCAUGGGCCCUCACAGCUGCAGCCUGACUGCUAGCUUUCAGGUUCGUGCCCCUGGAGUCACUCAAGAGAAUCCCCCGCCUGUUGGCCACUAUUCUGCAUAUCGGCCGCACCCAUAAACUUGAAUUUAUUCUAGCAGUUAGCUCUGUGCGGGUGGGGAGGAGGAAGUGAGAGCCUGAGGGCGUUACUAAUGCUGCUUUUGGUGUGUGUCCUUGCUAUAGUGGGGUGUCUUAAGGCAUGGUGGCUGUUUGGGGUUUGGGUCUUGUUUUUGUUUGUUUGUUUGUUAGUUUUCCCUUCAGAGUUCUGAAAAUAGGCUUGGAGAAACACUCCUGAGUCUCCUGGCUGUCUGCUCUGCUAAUCAGUGCCGAGUCAGGGCCACGCCUCACUCAAGCAUCUCCACGCUCACAGCCAGUCAUCGCAUCACUAAAUCCAUGGUUGAGCUGACUUCUCUCUCCACACAGUCACGAGGAACAUUAAGUGUUGUAGCACUCUCUCUCCACACGAUGCACAAACUGAGUACUCUUCAGGGAUUGAGGCCUCAGGCCACAGAGACACUGUCAACUUGCUGUGGAAGAAUUAUUUAGGUUUGUCUUAUAUCUAUCUGCAAGGGACCAGCUUAGAAAAGGGAAAAAAAAAAAACAAAUUAAAAGCUUUGAAUCUAAAGCAGAGAAAACUGCUUUUAGAAACUAAAAAUGUAAUUACGUAGCCUAAAAUCAAAGCAGAUAGCAAGAGAAAGAAAGGUUCUUGUUGAUGGUGUCUGGCAACUCCUAAAGCCAUUUGACCUCUGUAGAUCUUUGCAUUGCCAAGACUUCAUUACUUUCAUAUACAAAUCUUGUGAUUUCAGUUGGAUUUCCUACCUUCAAAUGUAGUGUUUUGUAUUAAAAUAUAUCCUAAUUAUGCUUUAUGGGAAGUUUUUCUUUAAAGCGUUGGGUACAAUUAUAUUUUACAUUUUCUAGUGAUCUCCAUCCUGAUAUUCAGAGAGAGACCUUAAAAUUGGCCUUUUGUAUAACAUGUAUUUUGCAAUGAGAUGGACUGAAUUGAACAUGAUACACCAAACUGAUCUGGCAUGUAAGAAAGUGAUUUGGUCAUUUUCAAGAUGGCCUUUGUAAAAGGUCAUCAUAUUGGAUUGGAGACUAGUUUCUGGCUUCAUUUUUAAGGUUUCUUCUUCUUCUUCUUUUUUUUAUUAUUUUUUAUUUUUUAUUUAUUUUAUUUUAUUUUUUGGUUUUUUGGAUUUGGUUUUUUCGAGACAGGGUUUCUCUGCAUAGCCCUGGCUGUCCUGGAACUCACUCUGUAGACCAGGCUGGCCUUGAACUCAGAAAUCCUCCUGCCUCUGCCUGCCAGAGUGCUAGGAUUACAGGCAUGCGCCACCACCGCCCAGCUAUUUUUAAGGUUUCAUUUAUAAAUAUUCCUACUAAAUCAUAUUUAAAUCCUCCUUAGUUGACAAUUGGCUAGUAAAAUAAUUUCCUGUUAAUAAAGACUGGUUUUUAAGCUUAGGGGGAUACAGCAUUCCUAUAGUGUGAGGUGAUGUUUAUAGGGUAUAGCUCAGGUGCCUGGUGCAUUGACCACUCCAUGGAUGUUAGCUGCUAGUAUUAACUCAUAACUGUGGAGCACACAAAAAUCCUCUAGAGGUUUUUAAAGGAAAACUGAUGAAUUAGCCCCGCUUUGUUGGAAUUCCCAGUGGGAUGAGAGACUAGCUAGUGUGCUUCUCCAGGUUUCAGACACUUUACUGCUGUCUGAAUGAACACUGUGUACAGAAGAGGAGACAGGAGAGGACAACUGUCACUAGUCCAUAUCUUGGAGCAGUUAAUGGCAGAGCUGAGGCUAGAAUUCAGGAGUCCUGACAUUUGGCAUCUCUCCACAGCCUGCUGCCUGUGAGAUAGAUGCUCAGCGAGACAAUCAGUGGACAUGGUACUGCACAGGCUCUGGCAAGCCCUGACCAGGAAGGGCUUGGAUGUUUGGUAACGGCAGUGUAGCUAGACAGGCCUUUAGUAGAAUUCCACUCUGAAGAGAACUUAGCACUGUUCUCCCAGACCUCAGGCACACAUAGAGAUCUGCAUUUUUUAGUUGAAGAAUACCAGCUUGAGUUGUUUAAAAACAAAAAAGAAAAAGAUUGGCAAAAAGAACUAGUCCUAUGUAGUGUCCAGCAUCUACAUUCUAACAGCAGGUUCUCUGGAAGGAGAGAUGGGAAUAGGAACAGGGUGGCAAGAGAAAACAUGUGGAGACAGACAUGGCUUCUGGUUCAAGUCUCUACCUUUAAUGCAUCUCUCCCAAAAUAAAAAGUCAGGCCAAGCCCCUCCCCUGAAGGCUGGAAACUGGUUCUCCUUGUUCUGCAGGAGGCUGAAGGUCAGGUUGCUGGCUGCUAUUCUUUAAGAACAAUGGGCUGGGGGAGGUCACAGUCCUGUACUAUUUUGUUGGGGAAAAAAAAAUGUGUUGUUCAGUCCCAUUUUAGUGCAUGUGAGGUAGUGUACCUGAAAGCAUCUUGAGAAAUCCAAUGCAUUCAGCUGUAAAGCCGAAUGACGAAUGUCCGUAGAGGAUGAGCCGGCCUGGGCCUGCAGCUGGACUCACCUGCCUCUGCAGUUUGUUACAGCCGUAUGUACGAAGCUACUGAAUGAACAAGUGAAGACGCAGCCCGUGUUUGCUAAUAGCCUAGAGCUGAACAACAUGUAGGGCCAGUUUUUGGUUUAACUCUCAUCUUUAAGAAGUAGUCAAGUGGUGGCAUGUAAUCCAGCAGUAAAGAGGCUAGAGCUAGACUCAGGUUCUAGAUCAGCCUUGGCUGCAGGAGACUCAAAGGAGGAAUAGAUUACUACUCCCUUUGGAGCCAGUAGCUUGAUUGGAAGAUGAAGGCCUCUUCCUCUUGAGCAGCCAUCUACUACUGGGGUCCUUGCUGUGGUAGGAGCAGACUCAUUUCUUGUUUAUGUUGACACUUUCUUUUUAAGACUAAUGUUUUGGGGUGCAGGGAGCAUUGGGGGCAGAAGACUGAUGUACUUGGAGAAUUUCUAGAAUUUUUUACCAGUUAUAAAUGACAUUGACAUUUAUCAUCGCUCCUUUAAAAAAAAAAGUAGCUGAGCUUAACUCACCUAUUAGAUUAUCAUGUUUUCAAGUGAAUCAUGUGGAGGCGCCUUGCAUAUAGCUGCGCUCUAGUCUGUCCCCUCCCAUACUUUCCUACCUGUGCUGGUGACGCCCUUUUCAUGAGGCUUUCUCUUCAGGGGAGUUGGUAUUGGUUGGCAGUCAUCUUGAUCUCUGUUCUCAGCCAUGUGUGUCAUCAGCUUGCGUGCAUUAACUUGCUUCAUCUGAGGCUGGCGUACGCCUUUACGCCCUUGCAUCUGCUGUGGCCAGGACUUGAUAUUUCCUGUCAGCUGCUUUAGCCUUCUCAAGCUGGCACCCCAGUUCUUUAAGAAUGCCUGUUUCUGUUUGGUUCCAAGGGAACCUGUGUGCAGACUGGCUGAGGCUGCCUAAGGGUUUUACGGCUUCCAGAAGCAAGACCUUGGGAUGGUCCUAAAAUUUGCUCUACUCCUAAGUCUUGUGCAUAGAGCUGCAGUUUUCCAGCUUAGGAGUCUGUAGUGCUUGGAGUAGUGCUUCCUGUCACCUGCGGUGAUCAGCACAGCUCAGUGACCCAACUUCAGUGCUGUUGCUUGGAUCCUGCUACUGAGGAGGCUGGCUCAGCUCGCCGUGCUCCAUUGCCAUGUGUUUGCAUUCCAUCUUGACUGUAAUGAUAACUCUUCUUCUGGACUAGGUCCCCCUAGUUCCCCAGGUGUCUCGGGGAGAUCCUGGAUGAGGUCUGGGCAGUUUAUCUUGGUUAGAAACUAACAGAAGUCAUCCUCAGGGAUUGUACCAUUGAAGAUGAGUUCCUGAGUAUUGCUGGGAAAAAUCCUUGCCUGCUGGGCUGGGGUGCAUCACUGUUGAACAGAGCUCAAAGUCCCUGUUGGUUCAGACUCUUCACACACCUCUCUGCACACUGGCAGACUGCUGCUGUGCUUUCUAGAUGCUGUGUGAUGUGCUGAGGGAAGGAGGACCUUUUGGGCCAGCCUCUGCCUCCACAAACACUCCCUUUGUUCCACGUACACCUAUAAAUCUGAAACUGAUUACCCCUCUAGAUAAUAAUAUUCUUUAUUUCCCUGGUGCUGAUAAACAAGAGCACAGUAGCAGAACCCUGUUAGCCAGAGAGGACAGGAGAGGCACACUGGGUGCACCUGCAAAGCGGCCAUCUAAGCACCUUAACAUCCUGAGAAUAGUAGGUCUUUUGUGAGGUCCUGAGUGUCCUGAGCAUGACCCUUUAGGACAUGGAGGAGGCACUGUCAAGUUCUAACAAGGUAGUGAAAGGAAAUACGGAGAGUUCUGUGGGUGGAGCUUGCUUGCUUAGGUUUGUUUCUGAGUUCCUGAAUAGCAGUUUAACAUCUUGUUUUUAGUGACCAUAUAAUUAAGGACUAGUGGGACUUCAUAAAAAUUUCACAUACCUAGGUUCCUAAUUUCCAGCAGAUAUAAAAGUGACACGUCUCUUGUUGAGCCGGGGGACACUGCAAGGGCUAUAGUGCUCCAGGACCAUUAGUUCCCACAUUAUCUUUGGUAUUCCUAAGACCCAUGCUGUGUUGUGAAUGACAAGAAUGCUGAUGGACAGGGCCACAUGAGCAUGCAUUCUUAUGUCCAUGGCCAGCUCCCACCUCGGCACUUGAACACCAUCAGGAGAAACUUUGCCGAGACCUUGAGAAAUGACCUUCAGGAAACCGAGGAUUCAGAAAUCAAGGGAAGGUGGAGUGCUUCCUGUAGCUCCUUCGGUUUUGAGGGCAGUGGCUGGUGAGCACACUGCACACCCAGACCCUUCCGUGUAGACCCUGCACUUCCUUUCCUCUGCAGGCUGAUUCUGUAGUAACUGUCAGUGGAGCUGCCUGACUUUGUGUUUGCUUGAUAAAAGUAAAUUUGAACAUUUUGUGGUGGUUGCUAGAACUUUGUCCUAAAACUUGCUAAUUCAGACUCUUUAAAACCCUAAUGUUUAUACCAAAGGUUACACUGCAGGCGUAGGUGGUACACAGAGGGUGAAGCCCACAGUGGGGCACUGUGUGCAUUGCUAAGGGGACACAGUGCCCAGUGAGACCGUAUGGGAUUUUACUAAAACACAUCAAUCAUGGGUCACACUACCACUGUUGUCAAGUAUUUGUUCUUAAUUGUUAUUGUAAUAUAUUUUCAAUUGUUUUUCUAAUUUAAUUCUCUCACUCUGUCGUCUGACUGUGAACUGCUAACAGUGUUAAAAACUUGAUGUGAAUAAAUGAUGGCCCUGGUGGGGACUGCUUCCUGCCAUGUCUCACAAAGUUU